CUCCGAAUAACACACUCCCCCGUUGUGAAAUGUUUAAGAUAGCCUACUGUAAUUAUCCGUCAUAGUUUAGCUGGAAUAGCUCAUGCGUAUAUCCACUUAUGUUCGAUAGAAAAUGGAAGUUGCUUUAUUUAACAAUUUUUUGGUUUUCAAUAGCUGACGUUUAAAAAAAACCUUAUCCGAGCCUUUCAAGACCUCUCGAGAAGGGUUGGGCACUUUUGAUAAACAAGCGCGUGCGUCAUCCCAGGCAAUAUAACGGCGAACAUGACAUUAAAGUUUUGUAACUUUCCCUUACGUUAGUGAGGCAGUUUAUUAUUCUUAAAUAUGUGGAAACGAUCGCGAUAUAAACUUUUAACGUGCUUUGCUGUAGCUGGGUUAGUAACAUAUGUAGCUAUCCUCGUUUUUAACAGAACACUACUUCCGAUGAAGACUCCAACACCCAAAGAGCUCUAUGACGUGAUCUCACCAUCAACAUACAGAUUCAUUCUGAACCAACCAGAACUGUGUGAGAAGAAGAGUCCUUUCCUUGUUCUUAUGAUCCCAGUGACUCUCAAAGACACAAAUGCGAGGACUGCUAUUAGAAGGACAUGGGGUCAAGAUGGCUUGAUUCCUCGUGUGACCGUUUUGCAUUUGUUUGUCAUUGGUCAGCCCGCACAAAGUGACCCAGUACUGCAGGAGCACCUGGAGAGGGAGAGCAAGGAAUAUGGGGACAUCAUUCAAAUGGACUUUGUGGACAGCUACCAUAAUCUCACAAUCAAGACGAUGAUGAUUAUGAACUGGAUAGCCACUUACUGCCAGGGUGCUUGGUAUGCCAUGAAGAUCGAUGCAGAUAUCUUUCUCAAUGUGCGUUACCUGGUGGACUACCUGCAUGACAAGGGCGAGUUCUCCAGGAAAGACUACAUCUCUGGAUCAGUCAUCUCAGAUGCUGUUCCUCACAGGGACCGCUUCAACAAAUGGUAUAUCUCAGAGGAUCUUUACCCAGACACCUGGUAUCCUCCAUAUGUGUCUGGAGCUGCAUAUGUCUUUUCUACUGACCUGGCCAGAAAAAUAUCAUGGGCCUCUAGAUUUGUGCGACCAAUUCCACUCGAAGAUGUCUAUGUGGGGUUGUGCCUACACGUCCUGGGUGUGAAACCAAUGUAUGCAACAACAUUUCUGGGACUUGGUAAUCUUUUUGAGGUGCGCAGACUUAAGUAUGAAAGGUGCACUUUUGCUAAGCGCAUUAUAGUGAAUGGGUUUAACCCACAGAAUCUUCUCCGCAUUUGGCAUGACUUCCAGAAGUCUUAUUUUACAUGCUGAUGAAACCUUUAUACAAUUGAAACAGCUAAACUGUAUUUGAAGUACCUUGAAUAUUUUUAACUUGUGUUUAGUAUGUGCUAGUAGCUCUCCAUUCCUUUAACAGAUUGCACACCAUUGAGAUUCAGCACUUUAACAUGCGAGGGAAAACCAAAUAGUGUUUCACCGAAAGGGACAAGAACACUUAUAAAAAAAGGUUGAAUAGACAUUGUCAAGGAGUUGUAGGAUGUAGAAAAUAAU